AUGAAUACUGCCUCAAAUUCAGAAAGUGGAUCAUAUUCCACAAACCACCCCAGACCCUUUUUUUAUGCGCAGCCAUCAGAACAACAGCCUUUUCCAAAUCCAUGGUACCUCAGUCAUGUGUACAGUCCAUACUGUGUGCCUGCUGCAGGCUUCAGAAGUGGAAAUCCGUAUCUUCCACUUUAUCCUGUUGCGCUCCAUGACUACCCUGGAUUUUUUGUUCCACAGCAUCCAGUGCAUGCAAGAAUUCACAGAAGGCCUUAUUUUAAUGCUCCCUCACCCUCCCCUAUGUUUUAUCAUGCGACAAGAUUUAGGCACUAUGGUACCCCUGGGAAAAAAAUGGAGACAAAAGAAACACAGACUGAUCCUAGACAGCCUGAAAACAAGCAAAAAAAGCAUCAAGAUGGCCAUACAGGAACGAAAGGUUGUGAUGUAGGAAAUAAGGCCUGUGUUUCUUCUGGCGUAGGUACAGAGACUGAAAGUACUUCAGAGAAACAAGAUUCAUCUGGAUCUUCCAUUGCAGUAGACAGAGAGUUUCAUAACAAGAGCCCUUGCAGCUCUACACAGUAUAGAAAUCUUCCUACUGGAAGCUAUGCCUUUGAAAAGGAAGAAGUGAGGAUAGAAUAUGGAAAUGGCUCUCCAGCCAUUCAGCUGUGGAAGUCCUUCAAAGAAACGAUCCCUCUGUAUGAUGUGGCGAGUGGUAAACCAGUCCCAGAUAAUAUGGUGCAGCGUGACUUGUUUUCUGUUAGCUCGUGUGAAGGAAUGAUAUAUGGCUCUCGUGAAGGGGAGAAAAUGGUGCCAGGAGCUCCCAUAGAUGAGAGAAAAGCUGUUCUCUCCUCAAAACAAUGUGUUGAGACUGCACAAGAAAGAGAGGUCCAAAAUAAUGAAAUGAAGCUGGAUGCAGAAAAGCAGGGAAAUACAGGUCAGCAGGUGAAAUCUCCCCCGGGUGAAACCAUGGCAGUGCAAGUCUCAGAGCUGGCAAGAUCUGUUAGUGUAGAUAAGACAGUGGUGAGACAGGAUGUGGUAGUUAAGAAACCUAGCUCCAAAAAAUCUACAGGCUUAAAAACCUCUCAAGAAGAGCCCAGCUCUAGUCAACAAGCAGGACUACUUCCAUCUAGUAUGGAGGUAAUGAGCAACUUGACUCUUCAGCAGAAAAAGCAGAACCUAAACCACAGCACAAUGAAUGAGAGUCAAACGGACAAAAGUAUUUGGUGUGACGAAUCAAUUGAGAAGUACGUUCCCUCUGACAGUUGGCUGGCUUGCUUGGACAGUAUGGACACAAACUACCAGUACAAUGUUUGUCUGCCACAAAGGAAACAUCAGAGUGUACUCAGUCUUUCUUCUGAUGACAUGUCUUCUAGAGAGGAAGGCUCAUCAAUUGAUAAUGCUCCAGUGUCUUAUUUUGUCCCUGACUAUGUGCUUCAGAAGAGCACGUAUACUUUCCAGAAAAGUACAGAGGCCUUAGAGAAAGAGCAAAUUAAAAGUGGUGGGACCCUUAAUGAAGGUGAAGUGAUUGGAAGGGAGCAUGUGAACACCUUGAAUGACCAAGCUGUCAAAAACUCUUCAGCCAUGAAGACUAAAGAGGCUUCCAGCAGAAGUAAAAAGCUGGCAGCCUUUCCUAGAUCUUCUAGUCACAAAAAAAUCCAUUCUCUGAAGGAAAAAGCAGCUAAGAGUUUAUCAGAAGUUGAAGACUCAGGAGAAUGCUCUGUGAGGGGAGAAGAGGAGGAUGAAGAUGAUGAUGAGGAGGAGGAGGAGGAGGAUGAUGAUGAUGACAUGGAUGAAAUUGAAUAUUUCAUUCAAGAAGCCACUCCAUAUGGAACCUUGACACCCACUAAAGGAAGUUUCUACCAGGUUGGCCAGAGGGUGCUUUGGAAACCACCUAGAAAUGUUAUCCCGGCUCAAUUAAUUAGCUGGCCUGCUCAAGAGAAAAUAAAAGCUAGGAGUGGGCUUGGUGAAAACAUUGGUGUAGUUUACAAGCCAAAGGAGAAAGAAGGAGUUGUAUACAGUGACUAUGGGUAUUGUGAAAGAAAGAGACCUAUGGCAAGAAGAGAAGGACUUGAACACCAACGACCGCUAAGGAAGUUCUUGGGAGGAAGGCUGUUAAGGGAGAACAUUGGGAUACUACCAGAAGAGUGUUGGAUUAGAAGCGGUGCCAAACCUAAAUUUACCAGCCAAAUGCAUGGAAGUCUCUCACCUCCAGCCAAGAGCAAAGAACAAGGGUGCCCAGCUUUGCUUAAACCAAAGAAGAAAAGAAUAGGCAAGCCACCUUCAAAACGCAGAGACAUGAGAUGUGAGGUGGAAGAGGAAGUGUGGGAGAUGCCCAAAAGCAGCGUACACAAAGGGUAUGGAACAAGAAAGUUUCUCCAUAAGAGAAGAUAACUGCAAAAAUUGAGGGAGGAGGGGGAAA